AUGAAAUUUUAUCAUCUCAUACUUUUAUUUAUUUAUGGUUUAGUUUUAAUUUUUCCAAAUAUCAUUUCUAAUUUAUUGGUUGAUGCUAACCCAUUGACGGCACCAUUUAAUGACAUUCAUACUUUAAUUCGUCGCAAGUCAAAUGAAAAACCACCUAGUGCACCUUCGUCAGGCGCCAAUCCCGUUCAAAUCAACAAUUGGUGGAAUGGUUUACCUUCAGAUAAUCAGAAGCAGAUUAUAAACCAAUUUCCCGAAUAUAUUGGCUCUACUGAUGGGAUCCCCACGGUGGCGCGAGACACAGCCAACCGUGCGAUCACUGAAAAGGAUCUAAGAGCUAAUUAUAAUGAAUUUAAAAACAAUCGAAACUUAAAAUCGUAUGUUGCAGUUCUAAAGAAACAGCUUAUUGGAAUCCAUGAUCUGCAGACUCGCCUUGGUGGUAAAUGGGAUGUUAAACAAAAUAAUCAAAUUGAACCAAGAGUUGUCACUGGUAAUAUCGAUCCAAAAGAUCCCACACAGCACCUACCUGGAGAACCUGCUUCAGACCAACCGUACUUGCUGGGAUUCAAUAUGGAAGGAACAGGACAUUUUAUCCUUUCAAUUGGUCUCCCUGAAACUGCCGACAACAUUGUGACCACUGUCCCAGGGGUCGGUCGUGGGGUCAACGACGUUCUCUAUCAAGAUUUGAGCAACAAUGAUGCUACCGCUUCCAAAAUUUCCGAAAUCUUGAAAAAUAGUGGAAAUAUUAAUAACGCGCUGAUCAUUUGGGACGACUAUGACGCACCUGUAGAUUUACCAGCUGCCUUCGGUUCAUCCAGAGAUAAUGCAAGAGAAGCAGCACCUGCUUUGGAAUUGUUUCAACAGGGGUUGGUUGCCAUUCAUAAGGGAACACCACCCCAUAUAACUGUUGUUGGCCACAGUUUCGGCACUGACGUUGUUACUGAAACUACAAUCAAUGGCCACAAGUUAGUAUCAGAUGAUGCCAUUCUCAUUGGUAGUCCCGGAGUCCCUGUUGAUCAUGCAUCUCAGAUUGCAAAUAACAUGAUUCCAUCUAAUACUGGGCAAAACCGCACUCCACGAACUCGAGUCUGGGCUAGUAGAACUGGUAGUGAUCCGAUCACAUGUCUUUUUAAUGAUUUUUUACGCUCGUUCGCUUUAGGAACUGACACAGUCAGCAACGCCUUUGGCGCAUCUAUAUUUACUAGCGAUCCACAAGGUGACCAUGGUGGUUACUGGCAAGGUAUUGGACUAAAAAAUAUGGCAUAUAUUGAGCUGGGAAACUACAAUUCUGUGGAAUUAACUAAUUAG